CCUUAACUUCAUUUAAAAAGGAGGGAGUAUCUUUAGCACCUAGAACAUUCCAGAAAAACAAGAAAUUUCGAUAAAAAUUAAUUUAAUGAAUGAAACUCAUGGAUCAAAUUAAUUGGAUAUCCUAAAUCGUAUCAAGAACCCUCCUAUAACGCUAUAAGCCUAUAACCACCUUGUCAUUUACAGAGCCAUUAACAAUGGCUUUACUCCUCUCUCCUGCUUCUCAGACUCGUCUUACUCUCUCAUCGUCCUCUUCAAGUUCAUCUGUAGUACCUUCUAGAGAUUUUCUUAGUUAUGGCGGAAAACUUCAAUCGUUUAAAGUGAGUACCAUUCAAAAUGGAAGAAGAUUCUAUCCCAAGCUUCAAGUAUCUGUAACUGAGUCUCCUCCUCCGCCGCCGCUUCCUUCUCCUGACUACAAGGAACUCAUUGAUUCUUUGAAGCUCAAAUUGUUGAGUGCUGUAUCUGGGCUCAAUAGAGGUCUUGCUGCUAGUGAGGAUGAUCUGAGGAGGGCAGAUGAUGCUGCACGAGAGCUUGAAGCUGCUGCUGGACCUUUAGACCUCACAUCUGAUCUUGAUAAACUCCAAGGAAGAUGGAAACUGAUAUAUAGCAGUGCUUUCUCAUCUCGCACUUUAGGUGGGAGCCGUCCAGGACCUCCCACUGGAAGGCUUCUUCCGAUCACCCUUGGUCAGGUGUUUCAACGAAUCGAUGUAGUUAGCAAAGAUUUUGACAAUAUUGUCGAGAUUGAACUAGGCGCUCCAUGGCCAUUACCACCUCUUGAAGUGACUGCCACAUUAGCACACAAAUUCGAACUCAUAGGAUCCUCGAAGGUUAAGAUCGUGUUUGAAAAAACAACCGUGAAGACAACUGGAAACUUGUCGCAGCUACCUCCACUAGAAGUUCCUCGUAUUCCAGAUGCACUCCGGCCUCAAACGAACCCUGGAAGUGGUGAUUUUGAGGUCACGUAUAUGGAUGCAGAUACCCGUGUCACUAGAGGAGACAGAGGUGAGCUUAGAGUAUUCGUCAUCUCUUAAACUAUAGAACUGUAAUAAAUCUCUCGACUUGCUUAAAAUGUUAAAUGUAUAUUUAUUUUGUAUGAUAUAUAUUUGAGAUACAUAAUUCUCAAAAUACAAAUGUACAGAGAAUGCCAUGGGUUCAAGACCAAAUUUUGUACGAUGUUGUAAUUGUAACUGGUUAUGAUAAUUGUUUUUGCCCUACUCAAUGACUAGGGUAACUCUUGUUUCUGUUCAA